CCAAGACGUAACUUUGACCUUUAAUAUCUUCAAUUUCGUAUUAAUAAAAAUAUAAAAACUUGAUAUUAUGAAACUACACAUUGAAACGAAUCUAACAAGAUCCCGCAUCAAUAUGUUUUUUUAUAUACACAAAUGAAAAUAUUCGAUCAAAGAUUUUAAAGUUUGACCCACUAAAAAUAAAAUAAACACUAUAUUAUGAAACGGAGGGAAUAAUACUCAUUCAAAUUUAUAUAAAGUUAUCUCACACAUCACAAUAUGUCACAUAAGACCUUAUGGUUGGUGAUGUAAAGCAAACAAACUCCUACAUUUUUAAAAUUAUAUGUCACCAUAUCAAAUCAAACCACAAGAAUGUCUUAAAUAGAGAUAACUACCAAUUAGCAACUUCAAAUCUUAACACUAAACACAUAUCAAAGACAAAAAAAAAAAAAUGGAAGGAGAAACCAAGAAUUUCUUCAAGGCAUGCAUUGCAAUCCUUACAUCUUUAUGUUACUCUUAUUUCUUAGCCUCUAAGAUCCCUAAAGGCAUGCUUAGGUUUAUCUCUCUCUUACCCAUUUUCUCUCUCUUAACACUUCUCCCACUUUCUCUCUCUAGACCAAUCCCAAAUAUCCUCUUAGGUAGUUUCAUCACAUGGCUCACAAACUUCAAACUCUUACUAUACUCCUUCAAUCUUGGCCCUUUAUCAACUAAUAAUAAUAAUAACAAUCACCCACAAAAAUCCCUCCUUAGGUUUCUUUUUCUUGCUUCUUUUCCAAUCAAAAUCAAAGAAAAAAAGCAAGUAAAAACAUCAAAAGAUCAAAACUUGCACAAUAAUAACCAAAAGGGUAGUUUUGUAAAUUCACACAAGAAGGUAUUACCCUUAAAUUUUUGGUCAAAAUGUGUUCUUUUCGUUAUUAUGGAUGUCACAUAUCGUAACACAAAGAACAUGAUGGUUCUAUGUUGCUUAAUGUACUUGUUUAAUGACAUUGCUUUUGGUGUAUGUGAUCGUUUGGUGGGGGCCACACUUGGUUUAGAGCUAGAAUCACCGUCUGAUGAACCUUAUUUAUCAUCAUCACUACAAAAUUUUUGGGGAAAUAGAUGGAAUCGUAUGAUAUCAGAUAUACUGCGUCACACAGUAUAUAAACCCGUUAAGUCAAUGGUAGUAUAUUUUGUGGGCCAUACAUGGGCCCCCAUGCCAGGUGUGUUGGCUGCUUUUGUUGUAUCUGGUUUGAUGCAUGAACUCGUUUAUUAUUACGUGACACGUGUCAGUCCUACGUGGGAGGUGACGUUGUUCUUUGUGUUACAUGGAGUGUGUGUGAUUUUAGAGAUGGUUGUGAAGAAAGGUUUGGGCCAGAAAUGGAGGUUACAUUGGGCUAUUUCAGGCCCAUUAACAAUUGGGUUUGUGAUGGUUACAAGUCAUUGGUUGUUCUUCCCUCAAUUGUUGAGGAAUCAAGUAGAUGUUAGAGCAGCUGAGGAUAUUAUGGGUGUUGCCAAGUAUUUGAAAGAAGUGUUGAUGAAAGUUAAUAUAAUUAGGGUUAUCAUGAAUUAUUAGUUUGCAAAGCUCAUGAAAACCUAGUUUUUCUUUGUAUUAAUGUAUGUAUGUUUUUAUUUCAUUGGCGUUUUAGUCUUAUAAUUAUGUUUCGAUAAUACUCUUUUCUUUUGUGAGAGUCUGUCUAUCACCCUUUUAUUCGAUUCUCAUGUUAUGUUUAUUAGCUAUUAACAUUUAUGUCGAUAUCUACACUAAUGAGAAUUCAUUACCAACAUGUGUUUCUUUCGUUACUUUACAUUCGGUAUUUGGUCCACCACUUUAAACGUGGACGGGGUAUUGAGUGAAAAUGAAAAGUUGUAGAAGAAACACAUAUUUGAAAUGAAAUUUCAUUACCAUGAUAGUGACUAGUGAGUUUGAGAUUUGCCUUGCAAACUAUAUAUGUCCGUUUUUAUUUUUGUU